CAGAUAUAGUGAAUGCAGGGUCCGGGGAGAGCGGAUAUAGUGAAUGCACGGUCCGGGGAGAGCGGAUAUAGUGAAUGCAGGGUCCGGGGAGAGCGGAUAUAGUGAAUGCAGGGGUCCGGGGAGAGCGGAUAUAGUGAAUGCAGGGUCCGGGGAGAGCGGAUAUAGUGAAUGCAGGGGUCCGGGGAGACCAGAUAUAGUGAAUGCAGGGUCCGGGGAGAGCGGAUAUAGUGAAUGCAGGGUCCGGGGAGAGCGGAUAUAGUGAAUGCAGGGGUCCGGGGAGAGCGGAUAUAGUGAAUGCAGGGUCCCGGGAGAGCGGAUAUAGUGAAUGCAGGGUCCGGGGAGA